AUGAAGCGGGAACACCUUCCGCUGGGAUCACUCCCGGCAUGGCUCAAGCUCAACGGGAUCGAUGCCAACGGCGUUGCAUUCCAGCAACUUGGCUCGAAUGAGAGCGGAGCAGACAGGGGCAAUGCUCUUGUAGCAAUGGAGAAAAUAUCCAGCGAUGGAAGUGAUACCUCGCCAGUAGUACUUCUGCGGGUCCCAUCGGAGCUGGUCCUGUCGUUGGAAACCGUUCAUGACUACUCCGAAUCCGAUCAUCAUCUUCGGGAUGUGUUGGAAGCAGUUGGCGAUUUCGGAAGGACCCCGAGAGGUGCAAUCAUGAUAUUCCUUUUGGUCCAAUUGACACACUCGUGUCCGGAAAUGCCCCAGCACAUAGGUGUUUCAGGUCCAUGGACAGAGUACAUCAAGUUCCUACCGCCUUGUUUCCCACUGCCUACAUUUUACUCUGCCGAAGAGCAAGAACUGCUGAGGGGAACUUCGCUCGGAGAUGCAGUGGCCGCCAAGGAAAGCUCUUUGGAGCGGGAGUUUGAGCAUCUCAGGCAUUCUACAGAGCACAUAGACUGGUGUCAGUUGUGCUGGUGGAAUGAAGGCACGGGCAAGAUGACCCUCGAUGAUUUGAAGUAUGCUGAUGCUGCGUACCGGUCGCGCAUGGUGGAUUUACCCGGAAGUGGACAUGCCAUGGUUCCCUGUGUCGACAUGGCCAACCACGCCUCGGGAGAGGAAGUGAAUGCCCUCUACGAGGCAGACUCGGAUGGUAAUGCGCUUCUGCAGCUCCGUUGGGGCAAGAGUCUACAGCCCGGCGAUGAAGCGACUAUCUCAUACGGCGAUGAGAAGCCCGCGUCUGAGAUGAUUUUCUCAUACGGUUUCCUUGAUGACAGUCAAACUGAGGCAAAGCAGGUAACUUUUGAUAUGACACCACCAAGUGAUGAUCCUCUUGCCAUUGCCAAGAAAAUGAUCUGUCGGGAGACCCCUGGUAUACGGGUUGCCAUGACUCACGAUACAAAUGAAAAUUCACGCCAGACGGUUUGGGAUAGCCCUCUAGUUUGGUGGGCGUGUGUGAAUGAGGAAGAUGGCCUUGAAAUUAGGGUCACUCAGACCACAGAGGGGACAAGAGAGCUAGAAACUAUCUGGAAGGGCGAAAAAAUUCGAGCACCGACUCAACUUCGCGAUCUCCUAGCCAAUGACCCGGCGUGGGAAAUCUUCCGGCUUCGUGCAGUUGUGCUGGUACUUGAACGAUUAGAGGCACAAGUCUCUAUUCUCCAAGAGACAGAGGAGGUCUUGAACAACCUUCGCGAGAAUGAAAAACUUUUCCACAACCUAUUCAGGCCCGACAUAUUUGCUUUAAUCGAGCGACUACGAAGGCUCGAAGCAGUGCUACUGGCGCGGGCUGUCAAUGACCUUGGAAAGCAGAGAGAGGAACUGAUUGCAUCCGAGUCAGUCACUGCGUAUCUCGCUCAGCAGUCACAGGCCGAAGAAGUCGAGGAUUUCUCAUGA